UUCGUUUCUCUGAACAAAGGAAAGAAUCAGUAUCAAGUUACACAACCAGGUGCAAAAAACGAGAGCUGUGGGUUCUUGAGAUGGAUGAGGACUCUAACUCACGCCGCAGCCAUUACUAAGACAAAUCCUUCCACUGCAUGCGCUUGAUAUUGUCGCACAAUUUGCCAUUGUCACACAGCCUAGGUAUCUAUGCAUUUUGCUUGUCUAGUUGUGCAACUACAUACUCACCCACACAUCUAGAUAUAUACGUACAUGCACAUGCAGUACGCACCUGCUCUAGUCGAGAUUACCACAUGCUGCAUUUGCAUAGCCAGUUUACUGGCAUUCCUAAACGGACAAAUCUUAUCGCAAAAUAACAGAAAAUUGUCGCAUUUCUAUUGGACAAUUGAUGACUCACGGUUGCUCGAUCAGCCAAUUAGAGUAGUCCCCUACGUAGGGUCGGGUGACUAUAAACUUCUGGAGUGAUCCAAUCUCUUUCAUUCCACCACCGUCUGCUGUAAGGUCGAGUUGGGAGUGCGGUCGAGUGGAUACACGUUGCUCAUGGCAGGAGCUAUCAUCUUUUCUGCAAUUUUUGUUAGUGCAUUUGCCCUAGCUGCGUCAGGUCUGCUAGUCGCAGAGCAAUGUCCUCCAUGCAUUGAAAAGCCUGGGCUGCCGUACUGCGUGUGCAAAGUUGCUAGAUGGGAGUACAAGGAGGGAGAAGUGAUGCUGCUGAGUGAGCUCGAUAAGAAUCAUGUGUUGCUGAGCGAAACCGAGUGCACGUGUGUACGCCCUGAUCGUGUUGACAGUGAGAAGGAAACCAUGCAAAACGUCAAUGCUCGAGACGGUCGAUUUCGUCGUCAAGCUGAUGCAUGUCAACCAAGUCGUACCCUUUUAGUUUUACAACGAAGCGAUGGGGCAACAGUAACAAAGGCAGACAUCUGCUUUGUAGUGGAUGAAUCGGGUUCAAUGGUGCAGGAACACAGAUGGCUUGUAGACACUGUCGCGGAACUGGAUAAAAAACUAAGAGGUGAAGGGUUACAAGAAAUCCGUUACUGCCUUAUUGGUUAUGGCGCAAGAGAACAUCUACUGGGAAGUUUUAUUAUAAAUGGGGGCAAAUUACAAGAUGUCAAGAAUGGUAUUAGAAGUCUUCUACAGACUGGAAAGGUAGAGGAUGGAUAUGCUGCAAUGUAUCUUGCAUUCAGCAACAACGGCAGCUUCACAUUCACUACUGGUGCUGAUGCUAGUAGAGUUAUUGUGUUGGUUACAGAUGAGGAUCGAGACAACUUAGCUGAUAUGCUGCCUGAGAACGUUAAGCUUGAUUAUGAAGAGAUGCUUAAUUAUUUAACGACCAAUGACGUAAUUCUGAAUGUUGUGGUCAACCAAUAUUUCAAAGAUACAAACAGGACGGACAGCUUAACGGAGGAGUUUGCAUUUGGCAUGGAUUACCUGAAUCGAUCCUAUUUCCUAAGUCAAAGAAAUUAUACGAGAAUUGAAACUCAAACAGCAUAUCCAGUACAUGAUGGUGGCUACGGUACUACACUGACAGAUUAUGUCAAUAUGGCAUUAAAAACGAAUGGAUCAGCUUGGGAUCUGAAGCAGCUGAGAAGUGGCACGACAGAACAAGUUGCUGCAUUUACAGAUGCAUUCAUUGACAUGAAAGUUGAAGAAAUCAUUACACGUACUUUUGAAACAUGUCGGGUGUGUGACUGUUCGAAUGGGGAGCAUGUUUGCAGGGAAGAUGACCAAAUACCAAGAGAUCAAUGCAAAAUUGAAGGGUUGCCACACCUACAAAUUUUUGCUGCAAAAAGCGAAUUAUGAAAGUUACGGGUGGUUCUACAAAUACAGUAGUGGACAAAUGUAUUUGCCCCGUAGUUUUUUUGUUGAUUUUUCAUCAUAUUCUGGCCUACAGAAUGGAAAUAAGUGCUGAUAUGAGGAUAAAUUGAUGAGUUAGUUUGUUUUCAAAGGUUGGAAUAUUGUUUAUGUUGAAUAUGCUUUGAUAAGUUGUAAUGUAAACUUAAUUGGCUUUUAACUCGGUUGUAACGAUAAUCUUAAAAUUGCAACAACCAACUGAUUUAGACUCAAUUCUGUACCAAUUAGCACUAUUGUGGGUCAAAAUGUCCAAUUUCAGUCACUAUAGUAAUCAUAAAUGGCAUUCUCUGAACCGGUUUCAAAAACUGUAUUGAGUCCUAUCACCGGCAGAGGAAUAUUUUGAAGUAUUUCAUAUCAUUGUAUUCUCAGAUGUUGGUUCUAAUUAUUCGUCAGGUCACUACUGACCAACCCACCUAGGUUAAAACACAAACAUCCUGAAAAACCUUUGAAAUUUCUUGCCCAGCAAAUACUUUUGUCCACUGCUGUAUAUAGAUCGUGGGAUAAGUCCUAGCUAUCUCAUGAGCACAGCGUCUCCAAACUGCGUGUAGAAUGUUUUAUUUGUCUUUAUGCCCAGUUUACUGUUUGCAGAACGGUUUCUGAAAUCUGAGACCGUAGUUUUGUGAUCAAGCAUCAUGUUGACCACAUUGUGGUGACCUUUUGUGUGAUUCCCGGACUUCGCGAGACUAUAAAACCAAACCUAAGAAAAUUUGGAGGCAUCUAGAAUAUAUCUUAGCUAAGACAUUAGUAGCUUCUUCUUAUGGAGGAUUAUAAGCAGGGUUCAAAAACCGGUCGCCAAGUUGCCAAAGGCGAUCUCUGUCACAGGAAUGGUGACUAGUCAAGCCUAGGAAGUCGCCAUGCCGUAGGAAUGGUAAAUUAUGACGAAUGUAGACUUUUCAGAUUUCCGUAGUAGGAGCUUGAAAACUAGGAGGCGUAAUCUGGGUACACAGAAACCUCAACUUUGCCGUCUACAUGAAUGUAAACUGUCCACCCGUGUGUUCCGCGAUCUUAAUGUGCUGAAGCAUGUGCACAAGGAAUGACACUUACCUGCACCGGGGUAACACUUAGGUGAUAGGCUCGAUUUUGACUAGCUUCCCGUACAAUGGCGUGCAUUCAUGAGCAGCACUUACCAAACUUGAAAUGUGCAACAGAAGUCAAAGCCAGAGAAAUUCUAGCCGAGACCAGCGAAUACCAAUAUUUCUGGAAGUCAGCUACUAGUUUCUUGUAUCGGUUCCAACUAGAUUUGCUGGCUAGUGAUCUAAUACCAGACAAUGCUCCUGCAAAUCUGCUUCCAGUAGCUGUGGGCGCAGACGGAAACUACCUCUAUCUUUCUCUAUCUUUGCUUUUUGCGGGGCACAAAAAUUGCCAUCAAGAACUACGGCUUCGCACUGUUCUUGAGCUCAUGCUCAAUUACAUCAGUUGCUGCAAGGAAUGCACUGACAAGGUGUCAAUGGAGUCUGGCUUCUCUCUGCCUCACAAUCUAUUUGUCUAGUGUUACUUAUGGUAAGAACUUCAAGUAUGAGAAUAACGAAAUAUGGCAAGUGUGCAUGAUGUCUGCAAAAAGAGACCGUGGCCUUAGUGUAACAAACUGUUGGUCAGGUGGUCAGUUUAUAAACUUCAGAAUGUUCAAACCCUUGAACCUAGAUAUUAAUCUAGGGAAUGAAGCGCCUUCUGUGCCUGCAUGUAGUCAUCAUACUAUUGAACUAGGAUGAGUGUAACAAAAAGUAAGUAGCUAUAAGACUGUUUGACUAAUAAUUCUAAGCAUCACAAGUAGGCAUGGCCACAUACAUUUAUUAAGGGGCGUGGCAUAAUAAGAAUUGCUUUUCCAGCCAACAUUUCUUCGGUUUUUCGAACCCUGAUGAGGUGUUGAGCAUAGAAAAUCCAGCACUUUGACUCGGAAUGAAGAUCCAAACGUGUAGCAAGUACACACAUUAAAGCAAGCACGGUGCGAGUGAUUUGUGUUUUAUAGAUUAGGCAAAACAGUACAGUACUGAAUGCUUUAGUUCGAAAAAGACAGUUUGCAAUGGUGGAAUUGUCUCACUAAACAGUAGUGGGUGUGGUUCCUAACAAUAUUGUAAAACGUGUUAUUUUUGGUGUUUUGAAGUUUUGGUAUUUCAGAAGCAAAUACCUUUUGGUGUAACCUAGUUUUGGUAAGGCAAGGCAUAGAUUUGGUGUGGCAGAAGUAGAUGUGAUUUUGGGCAUCACGUGAGAUCCAGUACUGCUUGCCCACUACGUAUAGUGUCAUGAACAUGGUGCACCUUAGCUCUUGCAUUUGUGGGUUACACUGAGGAGACUUGUUUCUCCAAGCAUGUGGUUCUCAUCACUAUGUACAAAACUUCCUGGAGUUUGUGAAGUAUCUGGGUUACUUUAAUUCUAUUGAUGCCUUCUGCACGUGAUGUACAGUACUUAGAAAAUUUUAGGUAAAGAAAAGUUACGCCGAAUUUAUCAAAAAUAGAAUAACACCAAAAAUGAUAUGUUAUACCAUAGCAGGUGGGCAUGCCGCCACCAGUGACAUUCGACUAAUUUUUGUUUUAAAAAAGUGUGGCAACCCUGCUUGUGUUACAUGAUGCAUGAAUGUCAAGUGAGUGUAUGCUAUCCCUUUACUAAUCUGUUCAGUCUGUAAUGUUUUGAUGAUGAUGAUAUGUUGGAAUUUGUAGAGAAAACAAAGUGAAAGUCAUUUGAAUUUCAAUUAAAAACUUGAUAGUAACAACUUGUUUUAGUUUUGAUGUUUGGACUCCAUUUAGAAGAACUGUGAGCUGAGUAAAAAAUUAUACCUGUCAAAAUCUGCUAUACGUUCUGUGAAUGUACAAUGAAGUGUAAUUGCAUACUGGUGGAUUUUUUGAUGCUUUUAAUUCAGAUGAAUACCGUGUUGGAGAAUGUCGUAACUUUGUGAAACACACAUUACAAUGUAGAUUUUGCAAUACAACAUAACGAAGUCAAAUGCAGUGUGGAAGAUCAGUUCUUUGGUGUAUUGGUGUAUAACAUCACAUAAUAUUGGACAUGAACCAGGAAUUUUGAUGUCAUCGUCAAGUUUGACUGACCAAAGAACAUUUACUCAUCCUAGGCAGCAUUAAAAAUCUUUUUGCUUAAAGAAUCAAAAUGUCAGUAAGUAUAUACAAGAAACUUGCGUUUCCACAUGGUCCAGGUUUAUCUAUGUCAGCAGUAAGGGCUGGUUAUGCUAACCAAGGCAUAGAGGAACAGAGCAAAUGGUUUGUUCAGUUAGGGUUUUGUUCAUUGAGGAAGUGCUUGUUACAGAGAGCAACCUGAGUGGAAAUAAUUGAGUGAGGCAUCUAAAGACAUGUACUUCAACAACUGAGUGCAACAAUUUUAGCUAGAGUUGUUUAGAAGAUCAUUGUGCCCAAUUUUUUUGUUUAUCUAAAACUGAUAUUGGUGUUGAAACGAGUGUUUUGCAUUCUAAAGGCGGUCCUAGUAGUUUCUGAUCCUGUGAGCCAAAACAAAGUCAACACUGACCACUAGGAUUGAAACAGCAAUAUAGUCAUUGAGUUAGCCUGAUGUAUUAUUAAUGAAAUUUUAGUGUUCCAGCCAAAAUCCGAAGAGGCAUUGCGCUGCUUGAUCGGGUGGGUGUGGCCAGUUGGUAGUCUUACAUCACGCCCUCUCCAGCCGUCAUACUUUUUGACCAGGAAAUGUAGUGUGCAAACAUAUGUUAACCUUGAGUGUCCAGCUGGUUGUUCCCCCUCCCCCUUGCCAGGAGGAGAAAGACCAGCUAAAGACAUUUGCCACUCAAACAAAUUUAUGACUUUCUGUCG